AUGGCGUCUGAUAGAAGCAUGGAGCAGCUUCGCGACGAGCUCCUUCGAAGAGCGCGGGGAGAUAGACGAGCAGAUACUCCUACAGACCGAAACCAGAUGCUAGCGGAGCGCCGACGAACCAUGCUGCGGGACAUGCAAACGGAUAUGGAGCCGGACACGACACGACGAUUUCCUCGGCGGCUUUUGCUGCCUCGACUGGCAUUGGGGAGAAGGCGAGGGGCGCUGGGUGACGAAGAAGCCGCUCUAGAGAGCCCCAAGACUCCGGUCAUUCAGUCUAGGCAAACGAAUUCCUCACCUCUGUCGGCUCCUCAGCCGGCUCAUCUUCCAGGAGCGCCUGGCGCCAAUGGAUCUCCAGAGUCCAUGGCGCCCCCAUAUUCAGAAGCGCAGCGACAGGCCGGCAAGAAGGAAAAGAAGAAGUUUUUGUUCUGUUUCCCGUACAUCAAGUCGAGGCAUGUGCGAGUGCAGAUUGCUCAGUGCUUUGUGGCUGCGAUGUUUCUCUUUUCGCUGCUGGCAGUGUAUUUGGGUAUAACGCUUACGAAGCACUCUGUCAUUGGCGAGUUGAACAUCAUGUUGAUCAUGAUCAUUCUGCUGGCGGCAGUCUUUUUCUGCUACAGCUUGGUCCGGUUAUGGAUGCUGAUUGCUCGCGGGGAUCCUCCUGAAGUUCCUAGAGCGAUAGAUCCGCGCGGAUAUGCCGUUCCACGUAAACCGAUACGGGUGGUGAUGGCGCAGGAUGAGGAGGCUGCUGGGGUUGAGAGUGAAGCCAUGAGGAUGAAUCCACCUGCUUACGGACUCUGGCGAGAGAGUGUGCGGGUGGAUCCGAAUCGCUUUUUCUGGCAACGAAAUGAGGGCGCUCAAGCUCCUGCUUCACGACCGACAACAGGCCCGAGACCACCGUCGUACGCCUCUGAUGAUGGAGUAUCAUAUGUGGUCGAAGCGGUGCCUCGCUCCAUUGCGCCGUCAGCAUCGGCAACUGAGCCACAGGCGGUCCAUCCUUCAGAAAGAGGACGAGCUGGCCAGCCGCCUCCGAGCUGA